AUGCCUUCUCAAAAAGUGACACUACUGGAAGCACAAAGCUUAUUAAACACAACGAUAGACAACUGUUCAAUCAGACUCAUCUCUAUCCUCGGCAUUGGCGCUUACGGUGUUGUCUACUUGGGAGUCCAUGUGUUGAGUGGCCGCUAUGUUGCCGUCAAACGAUUGACACACAUGAACAUUAGCUACAAAGAGUCUGAUAUCCAUGCUUACCUAUCGGGCCAUCCCAACAUUCUCAAAUUUGAAAAAGUGGUACAGGAAAAUCACAAAACAUUCAUGGUGAUUGAAUACACAGCAGAAGGUGAUUUAUUCGCUGCCAUUACAAAGAACAAGUACAACAUUGUGGGUAACAAUGAUGCCAUUCGACACAUCUUUUUACAGAUCAUUGACGCUGUACACUUUUGCCACCAAAACAACAUUGCUCACCGUGAUCUAAAGCCUGAAAAUAUUAUGCUGGGGCCUCAAUUGCAAGUAAAACUGGCUGAUUUUGGUUUGGCCACUUUGAACUCUGUAUCAAACGAAUUUGGAUGUGGAUCAACAUUUUAUUUUUCUCCAGAGUGCCAAGGAGCUACUGCUGCACAACCUACGUAUGCGCAUCCACAACAGCCAUUGAAAGGAUACAGCACACAGAAAAAUGACAUUUGGAGCCUGGGUGUCAUUUUGAUCAAUCUGACAGCAGGCAGAAAUCCUUGGAAGCAAGCCACCAUCAAGAACUCGACGUUUGCUGCCUAUGUUCGCAAUCCACGCCAUUUCUUCAGAACUAUAUUGCCGUGUAUAUCAGAGGAACUAGAACGCAUACUAUUGCGCAUUUUUUGUCUCAAUCCUGCUCGCCGCAUAUCACUUCCAGAAUUACGCCUUUACAUUCAAAAGUGCCAAUCAUUUGUACAACCACAAACAAUGGUGCAGCAUAUGAACAAGAAGAAAUCAUUGCUUGUGUCCGCUAAAAGACACAACCAUCAUCUUUAUCAUCACCCUAUCCAUCAACCCAAGGCCAAGAAGCGAGCGGCUGUGAAUGCCAUGUCUUACUCUGACUCUGUCACUGAAACCAUGAUGCAUUAUGUGAAUGGAUUUACGGAUGAAGAUUAUUGCUAUUAA